AUGGCCGCCGGCCCCGCGCCUCCCCCCGGCCGCCCCCGGGCGCACAUGCCGCAUCUAACGAAGAUGGAGCGGGUGGUCGUGAGCAUGCAGGACCCCGACCAGGGCGUGAAGAUGCGGAGCCAGCGCCUGCUGGUCACGGUCAUUCCCCACGCGGUGACAGGCAGCGACGUCGUGCAGUGGUUAACCCAGAAGUUCUGCAUCUCGGAGGAGGAGGCCCUGCACCUGGGCGCCGUCCUGGUGCAGCACGGCUACAUCUACCCGCUGCGUGACCCCCGUAGCCUCGUGCUCCGGCCAGACGAGACGCCCUACAGGUUCCAGGUCAGACUCUGGGGCGCAGCCAUCUACCUGGCCAAGAAGAACAUCCGAAAACAGGGGACCCUGGCGGACUAUGAGAAGGAGUGCUAUGACCGGCUACACACGAAGAUCAGCCAUGCGUGGGACCUGGUGCUGAUGCAGGCCAGGGAGCAGCUGCGGGCAGCCAAGCAGCGCAGGAAGGGGGACAGGCUGGUCAUUGCGUGCCAGGAGCAGACCUACUGGCUGGUGAACAGGCCCCCGCCCGGGGCCCCUAGUGUGCUGGAGCAGGGUCCAGGGCGGGGAUUCUGUGCCGCCAGCCGUGUGCACAUGACCAAGAGUGCAGAUUUCUAUAAGCAGGAGAUCGAGUACUGCAGGAGAGCGCUGGGCAGGACCCGAGUGAAGUCCUCCGUCUGCCUUGAGGCGUACCUGAGUUUCUGCGGCCAGCGUGGACCCCACGACCCUCUCGUGUCGGGCUGCCUGCCCAGCAACCCCUGGAUCUCAGACAACGACGCCUACUGGGUCAUGAACGCCCCCACGGUGGCUGCCCCCACGAAGCUCCGUGUGGAGAGAUGGGCCUUCAGCUUCCGGGAGCUCCUGGAGGACCCCGUGGGGCGGGCCCACUUCAUGGACUUUCUGGGAAAGGAGUUCAGUGGAGAAAACCUCAGCUUCUGGGAGGCAUGUGAGGAGCUUCGCUAUGGAGCGCAGGCCCAGGUCCCCACCCUGGUGGACGCUGUGUACCAGCAGUUCCUGGCCCCGGGCGCUGCCCGCUGGGUCAACAUUGACAGCCGGACCAUGGAGCGGACCCUGGAGGGGCUGUGCCAGCCCCACCGCUACGUCCUGGAUGACGCCCAGCUACACAUAUACAUGCUCAUGAAGAAGGACUCCUACCCAAGGUUCCUGAAGUCUGACAUGUACAAGGGCCUCCUGGCGGAGGCUGGGAUCCCACUGGAGACGAAGAAACGCGUGUUCCCGUUCUCGUGGAGGCCACGGCACUCGAGCCCCAGACCUGCACUCCUUCCCACCGCUGUGGAGCCCACAGCGGCUGGUGGCCCUGGGGGAGGAGAUGGGGUGGCCUAGUGGACCUGGCCCAUCUGCCACUCUAGUCCCUGCAGCUCAACAUCCUGCAUGAAUGCAGCAGCCACCCCCCUCUUGGCCCAGGUCCUGGUGGCUGCUGAACCCAGCACCAGUGUCCCCUUGUGCCCAGAGGGCCCAGUCUUGCUGUGGGGCGCAUAGCCUCCCUCCCUCCAGCAAGCCCUCCCUGCCCAGAAGGAAGGGGUCCAGGUGUGGAUUCCCAGGGAAGGAUUUCAUUGGCUCAGCUUCAGUCAGGGCAGCACGUGUUACCUGAAGA